AUGGCUCUUGAUUGUCAAUCCAAACAAACAGCUAAAGUGGCGACAGCAACAGCAGGGGCAGCGACUGUAGAAGGAAGUAAAGAACAAAACACCAAAUUUAACUUGUCUUCGUCUCAAUGUUCUUCACAAUUUUCACAAGUUAAUCCAACGCAGACUUUGAGCAGAAAUAUGGAAAACUUAUCAGAUAACAAUUUUUUGAAGACACCCUCUUCUUCAUCUUCUACUUCUGUUGAAUCUUUAAAUCAAAAUAUAUUUUUUUCUAAAAGCAACACUCUAUCUAGUAAUAAUGAAGAGAAGUCACUUAAUCUUUCAGAUGUUAAGUCUCGCAUCCCUACUUUGGUUCCUUCUAGUUCUAUUUCGGGGAGUACUCCAUGCUAUUAUUCUGGUUCUUUAAAUAUUCAUUCAUCAAACUCAAAUUCACAUCCUUCUCUUAAGCUUACGAUUCCUAUUAACAGCAAUAGCAGUAAUACCCCUAAUAAUAUUAAUUUAAGUAGUUCUCCAUCGACAUCUUCUACCUUUGAAUCAUCUCCUCCAAAUUCUACCACAUACACUGAGCUCACACCUCUUCCCUCUCCCCUCGUUCCAACCGACUCAACUUCAGCGAUUUUUAAAGCCUACAAUGGACAAAGUCCUCCUACAACAACUAUUUCUAGGGCACCUUCAUUAAGAAACUCAGGCUUACGAUUUAACCUACAUUCUACUAUUAAUAAUAACUCAAAAAAUACUCACUCACCUAUUAAUGCACCAAGAAAAGGCUUUGAAGACGAUUGCUCGAUAUUGCCGUUACCAUUAACUUCUAAUAAAUAUGCAAGCUUAUCUUCAAACGAUACUAUUUUUUCACCCGACAGCUCUACCAUUAAAUCAAAUUCUGCAUCUCAAGGCAUCUCAAAUCAUCUUAAUCUUCAACCCUCCAUGAUACCUACAGAAGGGUCAAAAAACACAGCUCUAUUUUCAAAAGUAUCAUCUAUGAAGACAAGUUCUCGCUCAGUAAGCGAAUAUGUUCCACAACCUAUAACACCUUCAUCUUUGGCUUCUUAUCAUCGCCGUUCUCCUAAGCCGACGACUAGCAGGAAUAUUGAAGAAGAAUAUCUAAGUGAGUCAAAAACUAAAAAUGAACAUAAUUCUAAAGUUCAAAUUAAUGAAAACAAUUAUUCUUCCCACUUUUCAACUCAUAUCACUCCAAACAACGAAAUAAAAAAUCAAAAAUUACGUAAUGCACCAGCUGUUAUUAAUCCUAUUUGUGUUCCAGGUAUUUUAGAAGAAACUCCUAGCCUUAAAGUUGGAGGACAGACUCCAUCUUCAGAAACUCUUGCUGAAAAUAAUUCACAAGAAGAAUCAUUGCGCUUGAAUUUGCAAAAAGACACGUCUUCCAUUUCUGUCAAUCAAACUCUUGGUAAAGUUCAACCUCGAUCAUCAUCUAGCGGGUCUCCAGUAUUUGGUCGAACUAUCCAACGGGAAAAGCCUAUAAUAGCCUCCAAGUCUGAGCCUCCCUUUGGUGCGGCUUUGGCUCCACCAUUGCCGACGUCGACGUCGACGAUGCAAACGUCGCCUUCACCGUCUUCGUCAUCCAUCACCAUUAACACAUCUACUAACCCACAGAUUAAGCUAUGCUCCCAGUCUUUGAAUUCUUCCCUUGAUCAAAACAAAGCACCCCUAGCAACUGAACUUCUUGAUGUAACUAACUUGAUAUCUAUGGGGGAUCAAUCAUCAAAUAUAUCUCAACACCAUCCAAAACAAGAGAAAGAGAAAGAGACUAAGCAAUAUUAUGAAAAACAAAAAGUGUUGUCUCAACUUAAGCCUAUUUCUACAGAUCAAGAAAAAGUUCCUUCGCUGCAAAAUCCUUUAGAGUUAACGUCGUCGACUGUCACCACAUCUACAAGCUCAGGAAGUAUUAUUGGCUCUAUAUCUAAUGCCACAGCUUCUUCUACUAUUACUUCUGUGUCGGCUGAUACUUCGGAUAAAUUUUAUUCGACACGCGUAUAUGAGGCGUAUGACACAAACAUGAAAAAAUCAACCUGGAACGAAAUUAAACAACUGGGACGAGGGGCAUUUAGUAAAGUAAUUUUAGCAUGCCCUGCUGAUAGAUAUCUAAAACCAGAGUAUCAAGGACAUAGCAGAGAAUACCAAGUUGCAAUUAAAGUGGUUGACAUACAAAUCGAAGGUGGUCAUGUUCAUUCUAGGGAAAGAAUGGAAAGUGGUCUUAAAAGGGAAAUUGAAAUUCUUAAAACAAUAAAGCAUCCAUCACUCAUCAGAAUGUAUGCCUUCAAUAUUGACAAACAAUCGGCUAUGAUGGUAUUACCACUUUGUCCCGGCGGUGAUCUUUUUGAAUUGGUUAUAAAUCAUCGAAAUGAUAUGAAAUCGCAGUUGGUCCGACGCAUAUUUGGAGAAAUCUGUCGAGCAGUGUCAUAUCUUCAUGAAAAUUUUGUUGUUCACAGAGACAUAAAGCUUGAAAAUGUUUUGCUAAACAUUCCUGUGGUUCAGUUGCUAGAACCGGGGCUUGACUAUUUAAAAUAUCCUAAGGCAAUUGCAACAUUAACAGAUAUGGGUCUUUCACGGCAAAUAAACCCCGAAGAUCCUUUUCUUAGUACCAGGUGUGGGUCCGUGGAUUAUGUUCCACCUGAAUUACUUAUGGGUCAAGCCUACGAUGGGCGACAAACAGAUUCUUGGGCACUUGGAGUAUUACUUUAUGCCAUGAUGGAAGGCCGUCUUCCAUUUGACCCUCCAGUAUUUCCUGGGCGGCCUGUAAGAGGAAAAGUUGCUCAUAGAAUUGCAAGGGUAGAAUGGUCUUGGAUUAUAUUUAGAGAUCACCACGAUAACAUUCCUGAAAAUGAAGAAAAGGGAUCUGAAUGUGAGCAAUGGGAAGGUGGGAUGGAACUAGUAGAAGGCACUCUACAAAAACGCGAUAAACGCCUCCUUGCUACUGAGAUGAUAAAUCACCCUUGGAUAAAAGGUUCAGCACCAGAAAUUUUAGAAUAUCCAUGGAUUCCCGACAUUAAUUAUAUUUUUCAAUAA